AUGGCUCGCAUUCAAGACUUUCAGGGUAUGCAAUACUCCCGCACCGGCGACGAGCUCGAACAGCAGGAUUACGCCUUCUUCAACCAGCAGUAUGCCACCUCCACCUACCAGAAGGACCACGACAUGAACCCGGACCUCAUCGUCCGGCCAAAGCAUGACGAGGACGUCAUCAGGGCCGUCAACUGGGCCCGCGAGAACAAGGUCGCCGUCGCCGUCAAGAGCGGCGGCCACCAGUACAGCGGCGCCUCCUCUACCGGCGGCAAAAACAUCCAGGUCGACCUCAGCAACACCUACAAGGACCUGAUGGUCUUGCGACCCAAGGAGCCCAUCGCCGACGACAGGGCCCUUGUCUACAUCGGCGUCAGCACCACCAUGAUGGACCUCAACAAGUAUCUCAAGCACAACAAGCUCUUCGUCCCGACCGGGCAGUGCGCCUACGUCGGCGUCGGCGGACACGGCCAGACCGGCGGCUACGGGCAGCUCGGUCGCAGCUUCGGCCUCUUCGGCGACCACAUCAGGACCAUCCGCCUUGUCUGCCACGACGGUGUCAUCAGGGACAUCACCAAGCUGAACGAUCCCGAGCUGUUCUACGCCCUCCUCGGCGGUAGCCCGGGCAACUUCGGUAUCAUCACCCACUACAUCGUCGAGGUGUACAAAUCCAAGAGCUACGUCGGUACCGUUGCCGGACCAAACGGCUUCAAGGGCCCCCACGGUAUCAAGGCACUCUGGAUCUACUCCAAGGAGGUCCUCACCCGGCUGCUCACCACCAUUGCCGAGAUGGCCGACGACCCAACCUUCCCGCGCGGGUUCGACCUCUGCGUCAGCGUCAUCAGCACAGAGUUCCCCAUGGCCACCCUGUUCAAGGAGCUCAACGACGCCAGCGUCUGGGAUCGCGUCCAGGACAAGAUCAGGAACGCCUUGGAGGACAAGUUCCUUAAGCUCCUCAACGGCAAGUUUCCGGCCUCCAUCAUCCUCUACGCACAGUGGUGCCCGACCAGCAAGGGCGACAAGUACGACGCCCGCGUCGACGCCUGGUUCAACAAGUUCCGGGAGCUCAAGGGCCUGCUGGAGAACGAGAGCCUGCAGUUCGGCGAGUUCGACAUGGAAAUGUCCGACAUGACGGGCCAGUGGCUCUUCCCGCGGGCGCGCGAGUUCGACCUCCCCUACGUCAAGCGCACCUACGCGACCAAGUCGACGACGCUGGGCCGCGACAACUGGGUCAGCGCCGUCGUCGACCGCAUCGACCUCAUCUACAACCCGGAGCAGUACCUCCGCGGCCACGCCGGCGAGAAGGCCUUUGAGCGCUUCAUGCGCUGCAAGCUCUCGGUGCAGAUCCAGUGCUUCGGCGGCGCCGAGUCGCGCUUCUUCGCCAACAGGGGCAACGGCACCUCGUACAGCUGGCGGGACUCGUCCGUCGUCCAGACGCUGGACUGCUUCCACAACCCGGACGAGGAGUCCAGGCGGUACGCCCUGGAGUGGCAGAACAAGAACGACGCUGUCAUGAUCGGGCCGCGCAGCCCGUUCAGCAAGCAGGACAGACGGGUCCUCUGGGGGUCCUACGGGGACUGGAACCUGGGCGACGAGAGUGUGUGGAAGACGUACUACGAGGACGAGGAGAAGUACAACAGACUUGGGAGGGUCAGGGCCAGGGCCGACCCCAACGGCACCUUUACGGCAAACCCAUUUGCUGUCACCGCGGCUGGUAGCAAGAAGUGA